AUGGCCCACAAUGAUGGAGACGAGCCGCCUAACAAGGUGCUGGCUUUGUGUUUACCCCGAUGCAACGAAUCUCAGGCUACGGCAAGGCGAAACUUGCUCGAUUUUCUAAAAAAACGGCUGUCACAUGUUCAACUCCAUUACCACGAAUUCAUCGCUGAGUUGGCUUACCUUCAGGGCGGAGGACUCCUUACGGAGUUUGAUUCAUGGCGUCGGCAGCGUCCCCAGGAGUUGAUGCAUGCUCUCUGCUCAGGACAUUUGGAUGCCGAAGACCUCAAUAUCAUCAGUUCGUUCGUGUCGGGGUAUCUGCCUUUUCACGAAAUAUUUCCAGUUGAGGCAGACCAGACAGCUUUAGAUAAUCCUGAGACUGAUUCGGAUGAGGACGAGCGUUGUCUGGAUGAAGCCGCGAUCGGCAGUGUUGUUCGCAAAGAAGUUGAUACCCUCCGCCGAGUAAUGGAGCUAAAACAGCGGGGCCUGUGGUCGCGGGAUGUCUCCUCUCAGUUCGGUGCAGGAGGUGCAGAUAAGUCGAAACCCUCACUCUCUUCGCUCGCUCCUCCACCUGAGCUGACUCGAACCAAGGAUCACUCGGACUACCUCUUUGCCGAACUCCACUGGCUUGCCGAGGACUACAAGAAGGAGCGCCAUUGGAAGAAGCUUGCCUACGCCGCCCUAAAAGUUCACCGUGAGAAGGCGGAGCGCUCACAUAAGGCCGAAAGGGAGGAGAUGAUUCGUGUGCGUAAGCAGUGUGCCCUGAUUGCACGCCUUGUGCGCGAAUGGUGGCGCCAAAUGGAUAAGAUUGUACAAGCCAAACAGAAGGUCCGUCUAACAGCAAAGCACCAGCAGGCGAUGAACACUCAUUUGGGUCAUGUCAUCGAGACGACUGAAAAGUACACCCUCUGGUUAACGGAGGGCAUCACAGGCGCUUCAGCCAUUCAGUCCAACCCAGAUGCUACUACUGACUCUGAACCGACUACUGGACAGCCUGUCUCCGAACCCUCAGGGCCAGCCGAUCAGAGGACCCCACUAAAAAUUCACCAGUUCUGGAGAAUUGGCACUCUGUUGUUCGCUUUGCUCACCACUCUUAACGUGUCCCGAGCUGAUGUUGCCGAUUCUGAGGCGUCUGAGGACGACGAAGAGACCAUCGCAAAGGAGGAAGAACUGGCGAAACAGGAGCUAGAAGCGCAGGGUAUCUGUCCGUCCGAGACUCAGUCGGCGGAGAUUGAGGCACUCUGUAAGGAAGCUGAAGCCUCUAUCAUCGACCUCCUCCCGCCUGGCUAUCUAGAACAUCUGAAUCAAGAGCUCGAUUCUGAUGUGCAGGCGUCCAGCUCUUCACCUCCCUCUGUGGAACAAAAUGACAGUGCUCCUGCGUCUCCCAUUAAAGUAGAAUCAGUGACAGAGUCUGCGAAACCAGAGAAGGACACAGCUUUUGUACCCGAUCCGAAUGACAGUUCCACUGACGACGAAGCUACUGUGGCCGAGCAGGAGGCUCACGAGGCUGCCGUCCGAGCUACUGUUGCUGCCGAGGACUCGGAUGCUGGACCAUCUCAGAACGCGACACAGGAGGUUAAUGCCCUUGAAGCCGAAGCUGAAAUGCCCCUGGAAGACCUACUGGCUCGUUAUGGUCUUGAUCCGGCUGGUUUGGGACAGACCCCGACUGAGGUGGAGGAAGGCGCCCCGCCGUCGGCAGACGAGAAGCGACCAAAAGAAGACGAAGAGAGCGACAGUGACUCCUCUGGAAGUUCCAGCGAUUCCUCCGCUUCCGCAAGUAGUGAUGUCUCCCAUGACAGUGAGGAUUCAGACAGAGAAGCCUCGUCGUCGAACAGUGAAGAGGAGGAUGUAGGCCUCAAAAAUCUCUUUGAUGACGCUCCCGACAAGAAUGCACCAAACAACACUGAUUCGAAGACAUCACCGACAUCAAAACAGUCUGAAGCUACCUCGAAGGACGAUGCCGAACUGAAUGCUCUCACCGCGGACGCAAUGAGCGCGCAGCCACAAGGCAACACCCUGGCCUCUACGAUGGCCAACGUGAAGACACCCUUCCUGCUGACCGGAACCCUGCGCGAGUACCAGAUUGUCGGCCUGAGCUGGUUGGCCGCGAUCUAUGAAAAGCGCCUUAAUGGUAUCCUCGCAGACGAGAUGGGUCUGGGCAAGACCAUCCAGACUAUCGCUCUGUUAGCCCAUCUGGCCUGUGAAAUGGGGAUCUGGGGACCGCAUCUGAUCGUGGUUCCGACCAGUGUCAUCCUCAACUGGGAAGUGGAAUUCAAGCGCUGGUGUCCCGGCUUCAAGAUCCUCACCUACUUCGGCAAUCUAAAGGAGCGCAAGUUGAAGCGAAAAGGCUGGACGAAAACCAAUGCCUUUCACGUUUGCAUCACGUCCUACCGUUUGGCCAUCCAGGAUAGCUCCGCGUUCAAAAGGAAAAAGUGGAAAUAUCUGAUCCUUGACGAGGCUCAAAAUAUAAAAAACUUCAAGUCCCAACGGUGGCAAACUCUCCUCACAUUCACCAGCCAACGUCGACUCCUCCUAACUGGUACUCCUCUGCAGAAUUCCCUCAUGGAGCUCUGGUCUCUGAUGCACUUUCUAAUGCCAAACAUCUUUCAGUCGCAUAGGGAGUUUCAGGAGUGGUUUGCUUCUCCCCUCACCGGCAUGAUUGAGGGGAACAGUGAAUACAACGAACAGUUGGUCAUGCGCCUACAUAAAGUCCUUCGGCCCUUCCUUCUGCGUCGUUUGAAGGACGACGUGGAGCGCCAAAUGCCCAAGAAGUAUGAACAUGUCAUCAUGUGUCGCCUAUCCCGACGCCAGCGCUACCUCUACGACGACUUUAUGUCACUCUCCUCCACGCGCGACACUCUUGCCUCAGGUCAGUUCCUCUCCGUUAUGAACAUCCUGAUGCAGUUGCGCAAGGUCUGCAACCACCCUAACCUCUUCGAACCCCGGCCCAUCGUGUCGCCCUUUGUCAUGGGAUCGGACGAUCUGAGCUUGGAGGUCCCGCGCCUCGUAGCCUCUGCCUCUCACCCGUUUCUAGUGGUCAUGCCAAGGACUUGUGGACAAAAUCUGCAACUCGUGUAUAGGCCCUCAGCCUGGUCGGAU